AUGUCCCACGGGACCAAAGAUCAACUUCAGGAACUGCUGACAAAGGUGUUGCUGACCCCAGGGAUCCGCAGGGGCGGCCCCCGAGGGGUUGGAGAACAAGCGAGCCGGCAAAACAAUGGGCUCCGGACAGCAGCAGCAGCAGCAGCCGUCGCCCCCGGCCGCAGCACCGUGCUCGUCCCCCCUUCCAACCACCUCCCUCCCCAGGGAAGGACUGCACCCUCUCCUCCUCCUUCUCCCGCAGCAGCAGCAGCAACAGGGGACAGGAGCCAGCCUGCUGCCACAGCUACGACUGCUGCUAAGACUGCAGCCCGCAAUGGGCUGGCAGGAGGGACUGGCUUGGAGGAGGAAGAGCAGGAGGAGGGGGAUGAAGGUGGGGAGGAGGAGGAGUCCUUGCUGCUGCUCUCUAGGUCCUUAGCAGCAGGCUGCAGUUUGAAAGGCUCGGGAACGGACUCUCAGCCCGAGGAGGACCUAACGAUACGAUACGUCCGAUACGAAUCAGAGCUGCAGAUGCCCGAUAUCAUGAGACUGAUCACCAAAGAUCUGUCUGAACCCUACUCCAUUUACACGUAUAGGUAUUUUAUCCACAACUGGCCACAACUUUGCUUUUUGGCCAUGGUAGGGGAAGAGUGUGUAGGUGCCAUCGUCUGCAAGCUGGAUAUGCACAAAAAGAUGUUCCGCAGAGGUUAUAUAGCCAUGUUAGCAGUGGAUUCCAAAUACAGAAGAAAAGGAAUUGGUACAAACUUGGUUAAGAAAGCUAUUUAUGCUAUGGUCGAAGGAGAUUGUGAUGAGGUUGUAUUGGAAACAGAAAUCACAAAUAAGUCUGCUUUGAAACUUUAUGAAAACCUUGGGUUUGUGCGAGACAAGAGGCUGUUCAGAUACUAUUUAAAUGGAGUUGAUGCACUGCGUCUUAAACUAUGGCUGCGUUAAAAGAAUCCAUCACAUCAAGCAACUGACGUCCCAACAGCGCAGAGUUGUCCUUUGCAUGCAAUGCAAUUUGUACAAAAUUGCUUUGCAGGUGGACUUAGUAAUUUCCAUGCAGCUCUUAUCUGUCAGUGUCUCAUUUGAGUGUCGCACAUAUUUGUUGCACUUUGGCAUGGCGCAUUUGUUCCGAAUUAAAGCCGAUUGUUUCAAACUUCGAGUUCUUUUGGUACCAGCAAGAUGUGCCACUUGAUAGCCAAGAUAGGUUUGUUUAUUUGCAAGUCUACUGACUGUAUUACAUACACAGUGAACAUUUUAUUAAAGAACCUGUUAUGUGGAACACAACUUUUGGUUCCCGAAAAAAAAAAAAAGCCAAUGUAGAUUGUAAAAUUCUAUAAGUAUACUAACAUUUCAUACAAAAAAGAAAAAAAAAUUGCCAUAGUUUUCUGGAAAAAGGCUUCAAUUUUAGGUUUUAUUUUUCAAUAUUGAAUUUUCCAUUCUUAAAUAUUGGUACCUCAGUGAUUAGUGAAUGAAAAAAUGUAUUGUAGGGUGGGGUGUGUGUUACAAUGAGUAACAGUAACAAUUAAAUUGCGUCUGCCAGUGCCUGUAUAGAUAAGUAUAUUUGUCUUCACCUCUAAGUUUGGAGUGCAUGCUUUUAUUCUUUUACUUUCUUCAAUUGUCUCUGCAAGAAAAAAUUCUGCUUUUAUUUAAAUUCUGGAUUUGAUAAUAAAUUAUUUCAGAUUUUUAUGAUUUGGAUACUUCUCCCAAACGAGGGUUUGGAAGGCCCUUCUUUUCUUAUAGCAGGAAGUGUAAGCUAUUUUGAAAUCCUUGAGUAGCUGCUAAAAGAGAACCUGAUGUUGCCAGUAAAUCUCUGCUGGUUUUGGAUGCACUUUUUUCUUUAAAAGAGUGAGGGACUUUUAAAAGAAGAUAUAGAAAAUUAAUGUAAAUUGGUAUGAUUUUAUUUAAUCAAAAUUAUCACUAGAAGCUCUGAAAAACAGCUAUUUUAAAAUAGUUUGAACAAUUUUUUUUUUUUUCAGAUUGCUUUGCUUCAGUGUUCUAAAAUGCUUCAAUCUUUGGUUCUUGGUCUUGGAAAUAAAUUUCAAGGUGUAUUGUA